UCUUCUUUGAUCUUGACAUCGUACAUAAAUGUUUGCCUGGCGCAUAUUAGCUGUAUAAAAGAAGAAAUAAGCCGAAAAUGACGAUACUCAUCUGUGCCUGCUGACACCCUAUUGAUUGCAUCAAGAUAAAUUUAUGUCCAUGCACAUCGGAGUACCUGAAGCGUACAUUCCCAGGUGAUAUCUUCAAAUAGCUCAAGUCGGCAAUUCUACACAAGAACUUCUCCCGAGGCAAUAUCAUUACUGACAGGCGUACAGGCGGACAAGUCGAAGACUUGUACUAGGCGAUCGAACUAAAGGUAGAUCGUUAUUUCUUCCGAAUCAUUCAUCAUGGCUGAUUUCAAUUCUUUUUCUUCUGGAACAGCUGAAGGAAUAUGGUAUCACAACAUCACUCUUUGCAAUAUAACAUUCUUCGUUGAAAAAGACGACUUCAUUCUUCAAGACUACCCUACACGUGUCGUCUUAGCUUUCAUAGUUCUUCUCAUCUUCCUCAUCGGCACCCUUGGCAAUCUCUUCGUCGUCGCCGCCGUCGUCCUCUGCAGGCGUCUUCAGAACAAGACAAAUGUUUUCGUCAUCAAUCUGGCUGUUGCAGAUUUCUUAACUGCUAUGUUCCUUCCUGUUCAUGCUUCCACACUCCUAAGUAAAUCAAGUUGUUACAUUCCUGAUUUGCUCUGUCAGUUUGUAGCAGCUGCCACACUGACCACCCUUGGUUGUAGUAUAGUUACCCUGGCAAUGGUGGCUUUCUAUCGCUUCACAGUCCUAUACUCCGUCUUACAACCAACACCAAAAUUCACCAACACAUUCAGCAGCCGAAAUGUUGCGCUAAUGGUUGCAUUCGCUUGGCUUUAUCCGAUUAUUCUCAUGUUUAUUUUACUUCCGUUGGACGUUGGAUCUCUUGGUUAUGCCAUCCAGUAUAAAGUGUGUGCGCAAAAUACAGCCAGUCAUGACUCGGACUAUCUAACCCUGAUAGUUUGUCUCCUCGUUCAGAUUCCAGCCUUCGUCGUCAUCAUCGUCUGCUACUUCUAUAUUUUUAAAAUGUUCAGUCGUCACCAAAGAGAAAUGAACGCCAUGAUGGCGCCCUCUCCCUACAGACAAUCCUCUACCUUGUCAAACAGGGAAAGUAAUAUUACAAUCAUUGAGGACAUACCGAUUGAAGAUCCGGAAGUGGCUAGUAAUGGGAACAUCAACAUAGGUUUCGAUGAUUUCGACGGUACGAAAGUGGCACCCCCUGACGAUCUAGAAGUCUUAGCCGAACCUUUUGACGCAGAAGAACUUCCUGAAGACAAUCAAGUUGUAAAGAAAAACGAAGAGCAUUCUCCCAAAUCUCUAGAAUUGUCGAAGCUGAAACGCAGUAAGACAACUGGAUCAUCGACCAGCUCGGUUCAAAGAAGAGCUAAGCCAAACACUGUCGACACUAUAGCCAGAGAACAGGAGAUUAGUCGCUUCAGGCAACAACGUCAGAUAACCAUCAAUAUGUUCAUCGUUGUCUGUGUCUAUACCAUCUGCGUGAUGCCAUCAGCCAUCAUCUUCCCUAUACCAUCCACGGGUCCAGCUAUACCUUGGCUUACUAUUCUCUUUCUGCUCAACUCUUGCGUCAAUCCAAUCAUAUAUGCACUGAGGCAUCCCACCUUUAGUGAAGUUUUGAAAUGCAUGGUGAGAUGUAGGUAUAGAGAAAUUCCAGAACCGUCAUCCUUCCUGAGGUCGUUUUCUAACUAACCGCCAUACUGCAUGACAUUAUGCAAAAGACAAAUUAUCCAACCGACUGUUUAUUAUGCUUUGACCAGUUUCCCAGAAAAUGUUCACAGAUGAAGGUUGACCAUCAUAAUAUUGUCAUCAUGGUCAUGGUCUGAAAGAUUUUGAUGUUUAUAAGACAAUAUUAUUUCUUCUUUUUUAAAAGAUUUCCCCUUUUUAUUAGAAUGAGCGCAGUAAUUUCUAACCAAUUUGAUUAGAAUUGAAAAGAAAUCAUUUUCACACGGUGCAUUUGUUAUCGUGCUAUGCCAGGCAUUCCAGGUGUCCGACGAUGAGCUAGAAGGUAGUACAUAUUGCCCUAAUUAGAAAAGGGUACAUUGGGUUUAGAGUGGGUUAGAGGGAUUGUACACCGUUAACAGGUUAACAUGGUUUAAGUGAGAAAGGAGGAAAUAGUCAGCAAGGGGGUUGACUCGAAAGGAUGUGAACAUAGUUAGCCUUCUCUAUCAGUUGUCUUAUGUAAACUAUUAUCAUUCCUAUUUUGUGUACUUUUAAAUAAAAUUCAAACUUAACAGUAAAAGUUUCACGACCAAGAAAAAAAUAGAAAAUCGAAAGAGUGAAAUAUAUCAUAUUCUUUAACAAAUUAUCUAUUUCACGAUACAUUAAACAUAAGAAUUUGCAUUUAAAAUGUAAAGAUUAUUUCUCACUCGCUUCACUCACUCGCAUGUUGUUCAGAGCUUUUCUUCUUCAUGCCAUCAUAUGGCCCCUCAUUAUUAUUACUUUUUUGUUGGGGGGGGGUACUGUAGAGGGAAGCUGAGUAAUCAUUGAUGAGUUAAUUCAAAUAAAAAUCGCAAUUGCAAACCAAAAAAUUCAAGCAAAACAUUGAGUAUUUCAUGAGAAUUGGAUGCUGAAUAGAAAUAUAUUUCAGUUUCACAAUUCACAUUCUCUUAAAAAGACGCCACUCACUUACUACAGCUUCUGAAUAUUGACUUUGAGAUAAAAUCUUUGAAAAAUGUUAAAAUCGAAAAGGCAGUUUUCUAAUAUUUUUUGUCAUCUUUAAAUUAUUCAAUAUUCCUCAGUUGCAAUUAUAUACGAGUAUUUGGUUAGGGUGUGAUUGUUUCCAAAUCGUGCUAUUUUCUAUUUCUAUAAAUGUUACGAAACUUAUUUUCAUAUUAUUUAAACAAUGCAAAUUAUUUUUUUAUUAUUCUACAUUUUCUAGGAAAUAUAGGGUCAUACCAGUAAAGUAUCAAUAUUGUUCAGUUAAACGUUACAAUUUAUGGCAAGCUAUUUAUGUACAACCGAUUGUAAAGUGGUACCUCAUUAAACUUCCCCGUACA